AUGGAGGGAUGGUACACCAUAGGGGUCGCCCUGUUCGCGGCCCUGGGUACGAAUUUAUUUGGAUUCGAUACAGGCAUCGCUACUACUACGAUUGCGCAUCAGAGUUGGAUUGAAUAUAUGGGAAAGCCCUCCAAUGGAUUGACUGGUGCUGUUGUAGCACUUUACAUCGCCGGAGAAGCCAUCGGUUCCUUACUGCAAACCGCCAUUGGUGAUCGGCUGGGCCGUAUUCGAUUCAUGCAAUUAAUGUGCAUCAUCGUCACCAUCGGCACCGUCAUCCAAACCGCAUCCAUCAACAUGGGAAUGUUCCUCGCCGGCCGAGCGAUUGCAGGAAUUGCUGUCGGUGGAAUGGUUGGCACAGUUCCCCUGUAUCUCUCCGAGAUUAGCCGCCCUGAAAACCGAGGCCUCAUUGGUGGUAUUUCCGGUGCUGGAAUUUCAUUUGGUUCCAUGCUGGCCAACUGGGUUGGUUUUGCUUGUUCGUACGCCCCGUAUGGAGCAGUUCAGUGGAGGCUCCCUCUGGCAAUUCAGAUUCCGUGGGGUAUCAUCAUGUUCAUCGGCCUGGCCACAUUCAUGCCAGACUCACCUCGCCAGUUGAUCCGAGCUGGGAAAGUCGACAAAGCCCGCAUCGAGUUUCUUAAGAUUAGACGCGGUUCCACGCCCGAGGAGAUACAAACCGAGUUUGCCCAGAUGAAGGCACAGAUUGAAUACGAAAAGGAGAGGGAGGUGACCUCGUGGAAGGAGAUCUUUCGGUUGUUCCGACGCCGCGCGUUGGUAUCCAUUGCCGUGCAAACCAUGACGAGUUUGACCGGCGUCAACGUCAUCCAGUACUACCAAACAACUCUGUACAAGUCGCUCGGCAUUGAAUCUCACCAGAUCCUUGCGCUGUCCGGAGUUUAUGGCACUUGCGCCUUCAUAUCCAACUGCCUUGCCAUCAGAUACCUCCUUGAUCAAUGGGGUAGACGCAAGAUGCUUAUUACGGGCCUUGCUAGCGUUGCUUUAAUCCAGAUCUAUGCAGCUGUUAUGCAGCGAGAGUUCCAGAACACUGAUAAUCGAGUUGGUAAAGGAUUUGCUAUUCUGGGGAUUUAUCUCUUCGUUAUUGCGUACUAUGGCAUGCUGAACAGUACGACAUGGCUGUACGGCGUGGAGGUUCUGCCAAUUGCCUUACGAUCAAAGGUAAUGGGAAUUGCUGCUGCAUCCCAUUUUAUCGUCAACGUGGGCAUCACUGAGGCAGGGCCGGCAGCCUUCUCAACAAUCAAGGAGAACUAUUACUACGUCUUCGUUGGAUGCUCAACCUUUUUCCUCGUCAUUGCCUGGUUUUUCUUCAAGGAGACACGCCAAAAGACCCUGGAAGAGAUAGCAGAGGCUUUUGGAGAUCAAAUCGUUUUCGCCGACGAGAGGCAGAUCGUGGAGGAAGCGGCAGCGGAGGCCAAGUUGGAGGAGGUAUGGCUCGAGAAUGGAGUUCGCGGUGGCCCCAGCAAGUAA